AUGAUUCCAGUGACAACUAAUGCUGAUGAGCUAGAGACAUCAGAAGACCAGAUCGUUGUUUUUCCAACUUUGGGCUUUCUAGACCUGGCUGACGAAACAAGAGUACAUCCAUCCUCAGUGGCAGAAGAAGUAGGAGCGGUAGACUCAGAGGAAGUGGACAACCAGGCCCCCGACUUUACCGUUCAGGUACUGACAGAAGGGCCCCUUGUCGUUGACCCGCAGACCGCGGCCCCUCUGCCCGCCAGGGGCGAUGGACCCGUCAACAUCCCAGAGCCUAUUCCACAAGCUGACGUCAUCUGUGUCACCAAAGAGGCCGUCCAGGACAAAGAUGCCGUCAGCCUGAGACUCAAAUCCUCCUCCAACUGCGAAGACACCAGAUCUAAGAUUGCUAGUGUUCUGGAGGAGCUGUGUGGGGAGGACUGUAAGCUGGAUGUCUUCCAAGAGGACAACUCCAAUGAAAUCAUUGUGUCUGGACAGUAUGUGGAGGCUGAUGCAGCAGGUAUGGCUGAGAAGUUCAGCAACGACAACAUCAAAGAUAAGAUUGACUUGGAAGAUGCUGUUCCUCGCUGGGGGAAGAGCAGUAAGUUGGUACUGGUUUCCCUGCUGUUGACCGGCCUGUUGCUGGCUGCACUACUUGUAGCUGGAUACUACCUGAAGACUCACCGCAAGAGCUCCAAGGGUGUCCGACUGGCUGAGUCUUUUCAGGUGGAUGAGGAGAACCAGGCCAACACCCUUGUGUCUGUGGCCCCGCUACCCCAGGAACCCCUCGACAAGCCCACCACCAAUGGGGAAUCUCCACCGGAGAACGGGACGAACCCCGCACCCUCCACCAAUGGUCACUCUACCACCCAGAUUCCUGUGGCCGACACAGAGAUGUGA